AGGAAACACGAGCAAACAGCAGCAUCGUCUCCGCACCUGAGGACUCGGACUCCGGGAAUUCCUGCGCGGACUUCACCUGCCGGACAGCAUGACGUCACUGCUCUCCUCCGCCUGUGUGCUCCUCGCCGUGAUUCUGAUGCUGCGUCCUGCCGCGCCAGCCUCCACCAGAAGGUGUCACUCCAUCUACAAGGGCUUCGCUCAGUGCCUGAUGGCUCUGGGAGACAGCCUGACCGACAGCGCCCGCAAGGACGAGGACAUGCACGAGAUCCACUCCAUCUGCAGGUCGUGGGACCAGUUCCAUGACUGCGCCAACCUGGCCAUGGCCGGCUGCCCGGAGGAGGCGGCCGCCGUGUGGGAGUCGCUUCGCCAGGAGUCCAAGAAGAUGCAGUUCUCGGGGAACCUCUACGACAUGUGCUCCAGGCGCGACAGCUACACGGUGGCGCCGGCGCCCCCGCAGGGCAACGUCAACCAGGAGUCUCUACGAGGGCGAGGCGUGCGCCCGUGGCCCCGUCUGCUGCCGCUGCUGCUGCUGCUGCUGCCGCCGUUUUUGAUCUGACGCUGCGCUUCUCUCGGGCGAUCGUCUGGCUGGACGACGUCGCUGCCUUUGACCGUUGGAAUCUCGCUCGUAUGGAACAACUUUACCUGUGGGAUUCUGGUCACCUGUACAGACGAAGGAUCACAACAACCGCACAAUCACCUGACGGAGGGAAACAAACACACACUGUUGCUCCCAACACAAACAUGUUUGUUUGUUUGUUUCGUCUUAAGGCUGAGAGAGUUCCUCUUCAGAUCUUAUUGUUUUUCAUGUGUACAGAGAUGCUAAGCUAAUCUCUUCUCAGAUAGCUUCAAAAAAUAACCGACACAGUAUGUUUCAUCCUUGUAAAAAAUCAUGUGACCGUGAGCUGUUGGAUUCGUGUUCAUCCAUGGCGAUGUGCACGUCAGAUGCAGAUACAGCUGUACCAUGCUAGCUGCUAGCUAACGGCUCAAUGCUAACACCCGUCCUGUGUGAAGUAUGAAGUUGUGACUCCGAACUCCUGCAGAUGAAGGAGUGAGGCUGCGUGUUGCUGUGGACAGGAGGAGCUAAGAGCUGUGAGCUAACAGCUGGCAUGGGGAGUGAGAGGAAAUUGCGAGACAAACUUCAUCGUGAGAAGUAAGAGGAAAACAGCUACUUUGAUCUGGCACAGGACGACAGCAGAAAUAUGGAGCUAUAUUGUGUGGAGAGGCCAGACACGACGUGGAAGUUCACCCUGGCAAAAAAGCCGUCGCAACAAUGGAGAAGGAAGAGCUGCCGUUCUGCAGACGUUGACCAGGAAAAGAAACUUCUGUAUAUAAUCGCGAUGAAUCGCACUG